UAAGAGUGAAGUGCUGGGGCUUAAGUUUGCCCAGAAGCCACAUGCUCGCAUUACGCAGAGCCGCCUGCACGAAGUCCGGACUUAGGAGGCGGGUGGACGGCGGCACUCUGCACAUGGUCAGAAUUCCCCUGGCGUCUUUAUGAUGAGUUUGCAAAGCUGCUGCCGCCGCGCUGGCAUUCCACACAAGUCCCGCCAGGGCUGAGUCUGCUUAGCGCGCUCCAGCCCAAAUAAAGCCCCGCCCCCAUAGGGAAGGGGCCGCGUCCUCAAGGCUGCGCGGCCGGCACCUGCUCUGCCUUCCCGCCCUCGCUUCGCUUCCCAUCCCUCGCACGCUCCUGCCUGGGCUCAGUGGCAAGGCGAGAUCUGCCGGGUGAAUAGCCUCGCUCGCCUCGCCCUGCUCGGCACUGAUCUUUCCUCGUGUCGCCCUGCCCGUCCGCUAGCCAGCCAGAGAUUGAGAGGAGAGCCGCUCCAAACUUUGAGCCAGGGAACGGGAAGCCGAUCGUGGUGGGACUGAGCUGGGAGAACCGCGCGCUUGGCAGCCUCCCUCCUUUUCACGGCGAGAAACACGGAGGCGGAGGAGAUCGCUCAGUGUAUCUUCCAAGCUGGCAGCUUCUCUUCACUGGAAGACAGCUGAGGAGCAAGUUGAAAACUUUUGCAGGAGGCGGCGAUCCUAGGUGUCCUUGUUUGGAAGGCUCAAGGUGGUGUAAACAGUUCGGUCCCAUUUUAUCCUCACAAGAGCCUUGACUGAGAGAGACUGACUGGCCUGUUCAUCCAGCUGAAGAGGGACUUGAUUCUGGGUCUGCUGGGGAGCACAUUCCAUAGUCCAAGAGCGGCUACAGAGAAGGCCCGCCUCUGAGUCGCCACCAGACGUACAAGUGGUAACUGGAGAUGGACCUCCUCAGAUGACGUUAACGUGCGGUGGGGAUCAUGCAGAAGAAGGCGCUCUCUAAGGAAAGCCUGGACAAAUGUCCUGAAUUUAUCCCAGCUGCCAAGAACAUGGGACCGAUGGGAGGAGCAAAGGCAGUAGGGAACCAGACAAGCCUAACUAAAAUGGACCUAUACACCAGGCUGAGCUUUCCAGACCUCACAAAACCCUACAGUGAUCUGCCUACUGACCCCAAACAAGAUCUGAGGAACAGCACUGAUUUGGUCGAGGUGCAGAUCAUCCUCAUUUGUGCCUACUGUGCUAUCAUCUUGCUAGGGUUAUUGGGCAACUCUUUGGUCAUUCAUGUGGUGAUCAAAUUCAAGAGCAUGCGCACUGUGACAAAUUUCUUCAUUGCCAACUUGGCUGUGGCUGACCUUCUGGUGAACACGCUCUGCCUGCCUUUUACUUUAGUUUACACCUUGCUUGGAGAAUGGAAACUGGGGCCAGUGCUGUGUCACUUAGUGCCUUAUGCCCAAGGCCUUGCAGUGCAGGUCUCUAUUGUUACUUUGACUGUGAUCGCCUUGGACCGGCACCGCUGCAUUGUGUAUCAUUUGGAGAGCAAGAUUUCAAAGCGAAUCAGCUUCCUAAUAAUUGGGGUGGCCUGGGCUGGCAGUGCUCUGUUGGCCAGUCCUCUGGCCAUCUUCCGAGAAUAUUUCUCCAUUGAGCUCAGCCAUACCCUCAAGAUGGUGGUCUGUGCUGAGGCCUGGCCCAGGGAAGGGCAGGUCAAUUAUGGCACCAUCUACAGCCUCUUGAUGCUCCUCAUCCAGUAUGUCCUGCCUCUGGUGAUUAUCUCCUAUGCCUAUAUCCGUAUCUGGAGUAAGCUAAAGAACCACGUCAGCCCUGGAGCAGCAAACGAUCAUUACCACCAGAGACGCCGAAAAACUACCAAGAUGUUGGUGUGUGUCGUGGUGGUAUUUGCAGUCUGUUGGCUGCCUUUUCACAUCUUUCAGCUUGUCAGCGAUAUUGACAGCAAAGUGUUGGAUCUGAAGGAAUACAAACUGAUCUACACACUUUUUCAUGUCAUUGCCAUGUGCUCAACUUUUGCCAAUCCUGUCCUCUAUGGCUGGAUGAACAACAACUACAGAACAGCUUUCCUGACAGCUUUCCGGUGUGAACAGCGGCUGGAUUCCAUCCACCCUGAGAUGUCGCCUGCACUUAAAGCCAAGAAGAAUCUGGAAGCAAAAGAGAAUCAUUGCAAUGGGUCCCCUUUCUCACAGCCUACCAGUGUCUAGGAAAAGAAAGAAAGCUGGACAAAGAAAGCAAGAAAGAGAAUCAUAGAAUGCAGAUGCAUUGUUGAUGCAUUUAUAUCUUAAUCUUAUGACCUGGAAGAAAACUGCCAAUGCUAGAGCAUCUCUCUCUACAUUUCCAAGGGACUUGGCUAUUUGUUAUCCAGUAUAAAAUCUAUUCCAAAGAAAUAUGAAAGAUUAAUCUGGUUUAUGGUUGCCCACAGUGAGUUUAGAAAGCUGUUUUUGCAUUUGACGUAGACAGUUGUAAUACAGAAGAAAGAGUUUACUAAUGUCAAUUUCACAUUUUUAAUUAGGAAGAAGAAAAGGAUUGGUAGUUGAAAACUGGUGAAAAUAAACACUGAAUGCUGGGAACAUAUUUCUUAGGCCAAAGGAUCAAACUACCCUCUGGUGGCAAAGCUGGAAAUAGCUCUGAAAGCUCAAACUUGCUUCAUCUUAGAAUGUCAGACAUAGAAAACUGCUUUAUAGUGAGUUAGACCAUUGGUCCAUCUGGCUUUCCAAGGUUUCAGGCAGGAAUAUUUCCCAGCCGUACCUGGAGAUGCUCUGCCAUUGAACUAUGGCCCCAUGUUUCCCAAAGAUGUGGGGCACACUCACUUUUUCUAACCUGAAUUUACAUUCAGCCAAAACUGAAAGUGGACAUUUCAUACCGCACUUAGAAUAACCAUCAGUGAAAAUGUAAAUGCCUUCUUGUAAACCAUUCACAAACAACAGAUUUCAAGCCCAGUCUUCUGUAUCACACUUAAAGUUAAUAUAAUUAAAUAGAUGCCCAGUCUGGCAUUGAUUGUGCAACAUGCUACGGCAAAUAAUAUCCUGUGAUUUUGCUUAGCACUCCCUUUCCUGAGGGAGAAGAAAGAGGGAACAUUUUGCAUGAAAGCUAGUACCUCAUUAAAGAAGUCCAAAUCUUUCUAUUUUUCUGGACAGAAGUCUCAUCUUCUGUAAAGGUCUACAGCAGACCUGCUUAACUUUGGCACCCCAGCUGUGUUUGGACUACAACUGUGUUUGGACUACUAUUUAAUUGUUGUUUUAUGAUGUUUUUAAUGGUUAAUUAUUGUUUUUAUGCUUUAUUAUUUUUGUUUUAAUUAUUAACUGAUUUUAAUGGUGUUUUAAUAUAAACCACCCUGAGCCUUUUGGAAGGGCGGUAUAAAAGUUUUAAUAAUAAAUAUAAAUAAAUAAAUAAAUAAACUCCCAUAAUCCCUAGCCACAGUGUCCAGUAGCCAGGGAUUAUGGGAGUUGUAGGUCAACAUCUGCAGGAGGGCCAAAGUUGAGCAGUCCUGGUCUAUAGCCAUGCUGGGAUGAGGGGAGAGGCACAGGGGCAUGGCUCACUCAAGUAUAAAGCAGACUCCUCCCUGAAUUUUUUUUUAAUUUAAAGUCUCUAACCUUUUGGAGACAAGAGGAAAAGUGUGCAGUCAGUAUUCCACCCAAUGACUCCUGUAGAAGUUAAGACAAGUAUUGCAUUAUUACAAUACUUAGGAAAUAUUACUCUGUUAGUAUUUAUUUAUGUGCUGACUAUCUCGCAAUGAUUCCCAGCCCCUGUAGGCUCCAUCACCACAAUGUUUCUGGCUACAGACCUGGCCCCCUGCUUUCAUUUUCGGAGCAGGCAUCUUUAGUUUUUUCUUUCAGUGUAAUGAUUUUUGUGCCACUCACUUGGUGAUCUCGUAUGCUUAUGUAAGCUGGUUAUUCCAUGAACCUGCAGCCUAUUUCACAGCCCUUUCUUGAGGCUCCCAUUCCUUUUUGCUGCAUCAAUUGGGGUGUGCGUGCAUGCAUGCAUGCAAUAGUGCAAAUUCAUGAUCUUUAGAAACCUGAGUCUGCAAAUCCAGCUCAUAUGUGAGGGUAGAUUAGUGCUCAGAGAGUGAGAGUGAGAACUGUGUGAAAUCUGACAAGUGUACUGUUUUAGUCACUCUUUACUUUAAGGGCAAGGCUCAGGCACUUUGGGUGCAUGCUGCAUAGCGAGCACAUUGUGAAUGCUUGAACUUUAAGGUAUCUUGCUUCUUCUGAUCCAUGCUUAAGUGUUUGGAGGGAAGCCAGUUGAUCCUCAGUGGUACUAAACUGACUCAGAUUCCAGCAUGUGUCUGAAAUGGGUUGCAGAUUGAGCUGCUGAUGUCCUUCACUCAUCAGCUUGGGGACUCUUCCUGCUUUAUCACCAGCCAAUUAAAAAGGAUGAGAUUUGAUCCUAUGGAAAUGCUGCUCAGUGGUAAAUGUGCUUGUUGCAGUUUGGUCAUUCAUGUUGCACAUCUUACCUUGGAUCAUUGCACUCUCUGUGGUCAAACUCAGACAUCUGAAUGGAAUGUAACCUAGACAACAGUUGUGUGCGGCUCCAUUUCCAUGUGCUAACAAACCAAAUGUGCAUGUGUGUUCAUCGUUCAGCUCCUCUUACUCAGGUAUAGGAUUGGACUUGCCUGUAAAUGCACUGCUGUAAAAAUGACCACGCACAGGUCUUCGGUGUCUUUUGCUUGCCAUUUUUGGAAUCAUUAAAGUUAUUGAGUCAAAGAUCCAUGGCCAGCUUUUUCCCCCA